CAAAAGUUAAGUCACGCCCGGUGAUAUGUAGGUCGAUAGGCGGAUAUCAAAUUAAAAAAACCACCCAACUGUUCAUCCUUUCAUUCAUUUCAUCAUUGCAACACUGUCACUUGACGAAGUCGGUUGCGUGUCUUGUGCAAAUCGGAAAUUAAGGUCUAACAUGGAGAACAUGACAUUGAUGUUAGUUUUACUCCUCAUAGAGGGUCUUGCAGUGGGACAAUCUACAGUUGGGCAGUCUACUAAAAGUAGUAAUGUUGGACACGACGUGCUGUUACCUUGCCUCUGUCCUAGCAAUCCUGAUGAACUAGUAUGGCAGAUUGGCGAAAGAGUAGUGAGUGUUUAUUCCCAAAACAAAGAUGCCAUCAACUCCAUAGACAAAAUGUUCAUAAACAGAACGAAGCUGUUCCUGCAUAUGAAUAACACAAACUGCUCCAUGCUGCUCCAUAACGUGUCUUUGGUGGACGCAGGCGUGUACACCUGUCACGCUUUGAACUACGUUCAGGAUAACAUCUCGUCAAGGAAUGCAUUAGAUGUUAAUCUGACAGUGUCUGAAAACAUACGUUUUAACGACUUACAGAAAGGAGAAGAAGACAAGACUAUUGACAAGACUUCUAUUCAUAUUGCCAUUCCUGUACUGAUACUGAUAAUACUACUGGCUGCUGGCCUGAUAUUAUUCCUGCUGCUCAGAAGACGAAGACAAAACCACCAGAAUAUCAUCUAUGUGCCGGCAGAGCCUAUGAUGAAUAUAGUGUGAAGAGAACUUGUUUGAAAGCAUCAUGGAGUGACUUCUGUGUAAUGCAAGGGUUUUUACUGUGAACGGCACACAAACAAACACAGACGGACAUGAGGCUAACCUGAGCUUUAAUGUGUUUGUAUGUAGGCAUUACUGAGUGGUGCGUGCCGAUCAGACUCAUUUCUUGAGACGAUUGCUUUAAGGUGUACUGAUUGCAUUGAUACCUGAAGUGCGUAAAAAACUGUGAAUAAUAUGUAUUGUGUAAACAUCACAGUUUUGUACAUAUAGCAGAUUCUCUCUGUAUGAAUUGUGUCACAUAAAUCCUUAUUCGUUCCUUGAAGAACAGGUAGAACAGGAAGGGAUGUCGACACGUGCUGCUUUGCACUUUUUUCUUAUAGUCUGAGCAUUUAAUGCUGAUUUGACAAAGUGUGAAUUUCAAACAGUUGUUUCAAAUGACUUUUUUAAUAUAUUAACCACAAUCAUUUACUAUGUACGCAUCAUCUUAGCUACUUUAUAUUUACUCUUGUAUGGGUUGUUUUUUCAGUUAUCCUGAUUUUCAUUUAUGUGGAAGGAAUGUAUAGUACUCCCUAUGGGAUUUUUGCUUUUCUGUACUAAAUUUCAUUUACUUUAAAUGAGUUGCGAAAUGCUUUAAGCCCGGAGAGGCAAUAAACUUUUUUGAAUACA